AUGCGCGUGUCAGGGCGCCCGCUGGUCCUUGUGCUGCUACUGCUGAGCAUGGUGGGGGACCGGGGACGCGCGCAGCCCCGCGAGCCUGCAGACAGGCAGACGCUGCUGAGGUUGCUAGUUGAGCUGGUCCAGGAGCUGAAGAAAUUCCACACGGGAGACAAGAGACUGCAGCUCCUUGGCGAGUCCGACUUUGCCCUGGGCGGCAGAGAGGCCACGGAUUAUGGGGCAGACCCAGAGGAGCAGAGAGUGGAGAUUGUUCCUCGAGAUCUAAGGAUGAAGGACAAGUUUCUGAAACAUCUCACAGGUCCUCUUUAUUUCAGUCCGAAGUGCAGCAAGCACUUUCACAGACUUUACCACAACACGAGAGACUGCACCAUCCCUGCAUACUAUAAAAGAUGUGCCAGGCUACUUACGCGGCUGGCUGUCAGUCCCAUGUGCAUGGAGAGAUAA